CGAAAGACGAUGAUGAGCUGGCUGCCAUUCACCUGCUCCAAUUGGUUCUUGGUUGUGCGGUCAAUUGUGAGGCAAAAGAGACUUAUAUCGAGGCUAUAAUGGGUAUGGAAGAAUCUGUACAACAAUCGUUGAUGGAAGCCAUUCAACUGCUGAUGAAAGCGGUGGAUCAGUGCAAAACGCUGUUGACAGAAAAUGCACAUUUGGCUCAAAAGUGCCAUGAAUUGGAGUUGGAAUUGGCCAGUUUACGUGAUGAAAAACAGUUGCUGCAAUCCGAAAAUAAGAAAUUGCGUGCGGAAGCCUCCGUAGACCACGUGAAUCCUGACCCGGUGACCGGAGCCAGUUUGCUUGGAACAUCCAGCAUAUCCGGAGAUCCAGUUGUGACCAGUCUGAGUCCGACGGUGGCCAAUGUCCGAAUCGGGCAGUUGCAGGAUCAAGUGUCAAAGUUGCGAAGCGAGGUUUAUCGAUUGGAAACAGGCAAAGAAGAAAUGGAGAUGAAACUGACGCAUGCAAUGAGCAUGAACCAAGAACUGAAACAGAAAUGCGAUCAGCUAGCUCAGCGUGCCGAAGAGGCCGCGCAUCUGAAGGAUGAGCUGGACAUUGCUCGUGAAGAACUGGCCACCUCCGCCCAUCUCACCGCCCAGAUGGAACAGCUGCGGAAACGUGCAGACGAGGCCGUGGAGUUGCGUGUGCGUUGUGCCAAACUAACUGAGGACAAUCGCGUCUGUGUGGAACGAUUGCGGGAACUAGAGCAAGAGACCCGAUUUAGUGGGAAUUUACGCUCUCAAGCUGAAACCCAACGUAUGCAAGCAGCGGAUGCUCGAUUGGAGGCCACUGAGGCCACUCGUCGAGCGGAAGCACUGGAUUCGGAACUGCGUAAAGUGCGCGAGGAGUUAACUGGGACAGUGCGCGAGAAAAUGUUGUUGGUCACCGAGCUCAAUCGUCUGCGUGCUUGCUGCGAAGAAUUGCAAAUGUGUGUGAAUCCUACACGUGGCGUUGAAGAGGAAAUUGUCUCCUUGUCCUCAGAUGCAAACGUGCAGCUCUCACCGGCAAUCCAAUCGCAAAUGAUGAAUCUUCAAGAAGAAUUGAGUCGUCUAAAAACCUCGCUUUCCACAGUCGAAGGUCAUACUUGUUGUGUGACUGAUGCUGUAGAGCCCAGCCCGACACAUGUUCAUCAAGGUUUCCAAACCGAGACAGCACAUGAGCCUAUUUCUCACAAGAUCGGUGUCUCUCCAGUCCCAGUGCAAAACGGAUUGCCAGAAGAGACCGAGUCUGUACAAUCCGUUGAUCGCGAACUCUCCUCACUACGAAAUCAGCUUUCCCAGAAGGAGCAGGAAAUGACCGCAAUGGAACAAAAGUAUCGGGGCUAUUUAUGGAAGGCGCGUGAGGUGAUUCGGGUACUGGAACGCGAGCAUCGUCGAUUGCGUGACAAUUCGCAGUCUAUUCAUGUACCAGCCGGAACCACCGAACCGGCUGCACAAGAAAUAGAUCGUUUGCGUUCGUUGCUCGUAGAGAAAGAGGACAUUAUCGAGAAAUUGGAGGUAUGUGCGGCAAGGCCACGAUCCCAUAUUUAUUUUGAUGUUUGUCAAAUGCUUACCAUCACAAUAGGUAAGACUUCACAAACCAGAACCCUGUUAUUGCGGUACGUUACUCCAACCUUUGUGGUUGGACGAUUAGUGUUCUUUGUAGUGAGAGCACAGGAACUUUAUGAUGCAUGCAUAGUAUCUGAUUAG